GGAUUUAAAACCCUAUGUGAAAAUGGAGGGAGUACACUGAGCACAAAACUCCAAGGGCAAGGGGUUAUAGUUAUAGACCACUCCACUGAUCCUCCUGGACUUAACUCCAAUGCUCACUUGUUUCUAUGUUGUAUCAUGCUCGCUCUCUCUUCUUGCCUUCAAAAUCUCUUUUAAAAUUUAGACCAAACACUUAUACUCACUUUCACACUCAACCUCAUUUCGUCUCAUCAAACAUUCUCCCAAUCUGUUCUUCCACACUUUCACUUGCACAAACAAAACAAGCCCACGCUUUGGCUCUUCUCAGCGGCUUACUUCCCCACAGUGUAUCUGUUUCUGCAUCGCUCAUUCUCCAGUAUGCAAAAUUCAACAGCCCCCGAGCUUUCAAGCUUUUGUUUGAUCACACUGUGGGCCAUUGUCGAACGGCAUUCUUGUGGAACACUCUGAUUCGUGCUUAUAAUAUUGUUGGCAAUAAUGGGGUGGUGGGUUUUGAUUGUAAUGUGCUGGGGGUGUAUAAUUUGAUGAUUCGAAGUGGGGUUGUGCCGGAUGAUCAUACGUUUCCGUUUGUGCUUAAGAUGUGUUAUGAUUAUAGGGAGAGUUGGAAGGGGAGGGAGGUUCAUGGGGUGGUGUUUAAGUUGGGGUUUGAUUUGGAUGUUUAUGUGGGGAAUACCCUUUUGUUGUUUUAUGGGAGGUGUGGGGGGUUGAGAGAUGUGGAGAGGGUGUUUGAUGAAAUGCUAGAGAGAGAUGUUGUUUCGUGGAAUACUGUUAUUGGGGUGUUUUCGGGCAGUGGGUUGUAUGAGAAGGCGGUUAUGGGGUUUCGUGAGAUGAAUUUGAGGGCUUUGUGUAAGGGGAAUUCGGUUACGUUUGUGAGUGUGUUGCCUGUUUGCGGUUUGCUUGGGGAUUUUGUGUUGGCGAGUCAGAUUCAUUGUGAUGUUGUGAAGGUGGGUUUGGAUCGGGAUUUGAUGGUUGGAAAUGCUUUGGUUGAUGCUUAUGGAAAAUGUGGUGAUAUAGAUUGUUUGAUGCGAGUGUUUGAUGGAAUGGUAGAAAGGAAUGUGGUUUCUUGGAAUGCGAUUAUUACUAGUUUCACAUAUGGAGGACAUGAUAGAGAUGCGUUGGAUAUCUUUAGGUUGAUGAUCAGCGAGGGUGUGAAACCAGAUGGUGUGACGAUAUCUAGUAUGCUACCUGUGUUGGUUGAAUUGAAUUGUUUUGCUGCAGGGAAAGAAGUACACUGUUAUAGUGUGAAACUGUGUUUAAAUUCAGAUAUAUUCGUUGCCAAUUCGUUAAUAGACAUGUAUGCAAAAUCUGGGCAUCCAGUUAAGGCGUAUCAUGUGUUCAACAAGAGUAAAUCUCGAAAUGUUGUCUCCUGGAAUGCCAUUGUCGCGAGCUAUGCUCAAAAUGGGCUUGAGAUGGAUGCAAUAGAACUUGUGAGAGAAAUGCAGGCUAAUGAAGAAAUCCCCAACUCUGUUACCUUUACAAACGUUCUUCCUGCCUGUGCACGAGUGGGGUUUCUUCGUGCAGGAAAAGAGAUUCAUGCUAGGUCAGUUAGAACAGGGUCUUCUACUGAUCUCUUUGUUUCAAAUGCUUUGAUAGACAUGUACGCCAAAUGUGGGUGCCUUAGUGUAGCACAAAAUGUUUUUGACAACUCUAUUAGAGAUGAAGUAUCAUAUAAUACUUUAAUCAUAGGUUAUUCUCAGUUAAGUGAUUGCUUGAAAGCAAUAACGUUAUUCACCGAAAUGGGGUUGAUAGGGAUGAAGCAUGAUAGUGUGUCCUAUAUGGGGGCUCUCUCAGCUUGUGCAAACAUUUCUGCCGCUAAACAAGGAAAGGAGAUUCAUGGUUUAGCCGUAAGAAAGCUGUUUCAUAUGCAUUUGUUUGUAGCCAACUCACUUCUCGACUUUUACACCAAAUGUGGAAGAAUUGAUCUUGCUCGAAAGGUUUUCGAUCAUAUUCCUAUCAAGGAUGUAGCCUCAUGGAAUACAAUGAUUUUAGGGUAUGGGAUGCUAGGUGAAUUUGAUACUGCAAUUAAUCUUUUUGAGAUCAUGAAAGAAGAUGGCAUCAAAUGUGAUUCAGUUUCUUAUAUUGCAGUAUUAUCUGCUUGUAGUCAUGGAGGGUUCGUGGAGAAAGGCAAACAGUAUUUUAACGAGAUCUAUGCUCUGGGUAUCGGACCAAACCAAACGCACUAUGCUUGUAUGGUUGAUAUUCUUGCUCGAGCUGGCCUAAUGGAAGAGGCAGUAAAGUUCAUAAAGAGCAUGCCACUGGAACCAGAUGCAAAUGUCUGGGGUUCUCUGCUUGGGGCAUGCCGACUCCAUGAAAAUAUCGAGUUGGGAUCCUGGGCUGCAGAGAAUUUACUCAAGCUAAAACCGGAGCAACCAGGAUAUUACAUACUCCAUUCAAACAUGUAUGCAAAAGCAGGGAGAUGGGAUGAGGCAGAUAAUGUCAGAAAACUAAUGAAAUCGAGGGGAGUGAAGAAAAAUCCGGGCUGUAGUUGGAUAUGAACUUGUAUAACAAAGUGGGUAUCACAUUUACCUUCAACAUAUUGCAAUGUAGCCAAGUAUAGAAUUGAUAUUCCUUAACUGGAUUAAGGGGUUGUUUGACUUAAUUUAAAAGAAGUAAAUUAUUGUUUCCGACCUGGGUGACGGCGAGGUGGUGGAUGGAUCACCUCCAAAACCUGCUAAGAAACGGAGAAGAGCAUCUGAGCUCGGUAGUGAGUUGGGAGCUCUGCAUGAAGCCCAAUAUUUCACUGGUGGUAAUGUUGGAAAAAUCCCUUUGCUCGUUUUGCUAAUCUAAAUUCAGGCUCGUCUUCUCUCAACAGGAGCUUGAUCAGGGAUAAAGGAAAAACAAAAUUAAUGGAUGACUUUGCGUUCAGUGAUAAUGGAGUUCUCUCAAGAGGCAAUAGAGCUCCUAGACGAAAAGAGGCUCCAAAAAUAUUCUCAGGUCUUCUCUAAUGACAUUAUAAACUUGGAUGCUCUGGUUGGUUGGUGAUGAAGUUUUUGCAAGCGAUAUGUCUUACCAUGCUUUGUUUGGUUCAUUUACAGGAGAUCUUAUCAAAA